AUGAAAGGAGACGUUGAAUUAUCAAAAUUGUAGAUUCGAUUGGGUGAUGUCAGAGUACCAUCAUAUUUAAAGUUGAUUGAGGAAACUGAACAAACUCAUACAAAUAUACUCAAAACUCUUCAAAACAUCUAAAUUAAGGAUAUUUAAGAUCUAUUUUACAUUCUUAAACCAACCUAACAACUUUACAAUUGUGUCUGUGGUUUAUUAUGCCUUGUGGCUGGAGUUGAUAAAUCUAUCACAACUGACUAUUUGUUUUUAUAAUAGAGAGAUUGGGUAGCUAGUUAGAGUCAAUUCUGUAAAAGCUAUGAAUAAAUCAACGCAAUUUUGUCUAAUCUGUAAUAAAAUCUGAUAAAAAAGAAGAUCAAUAUUUCUAACAUAAAGGAGGCUCAAAAGUAUCAUAAGGAAGAAAUAAAAGGUCAAGUCUAUUCGGUAUCUGAUAAACUUGAGAAGAUUUUGACUUUGUCAAUUAACUAUUAUACUUCAUUCUAUAAGAUAAUGAAAUUCAAUCAAAAGUACGAGUAGCAAUCCAAGACUCCUCAAGAAAAGAGUUCAGAUGAAUUAAAAUCUUAUAUGUUGUCAAAAUUAAACAAUAAUUUUUAAGAUGAUGAUUCAGAAGGUAAAGUUGAAGAAGACACUGAAAUAUAAAAUGAAUUAGUUUAAUAAAUCCCACCCACUCCUAAGGAUCAACAACAAACUACAUUUAAAAUGCUGAGUAGAUUUAAAGAUUUUAACUCAUACAAGAAAGGAAUUGCUGAAAAUCGAAAGACCUCAAAAAGUCCAAAUUUGCCAAGCUAUUCAACUACUUCCAAAAAAUAAUAUUAUUAAUCUAAAUCACCGAUAUCAAGUCAAAAUAAAAAUCACGAUAACAACUACCCUACAAAUGAAUAUAUGAGCUUUUAAGAUCAUGUAAGUGUGAAAAGUUUUCAAACCUAACCUCAAGAGUAAUUUAAUAGUCCAAAGAAUAAUUAAAGUAACAAAGUUGUUUAACAAAAAUCUUCUUAAUCUAAAUCUCCUGUAAUUGCUGUUAGGUAGAAAGAGCCUUUGAAGAAAUAUGUUGUGUAAUUGCCAGAGGCUCCAAAUUUAAAUAAAUUAAUUGAAUAGAUAUAGAAUAAUGAUCCACAUAUUGAAAGGUAGUUGAAACAAGAAUUAGAAAUAAUUUAAAAAUAGAUUAAUAAAUUGGAAGCCAAGAAAAAUUAAUUAAAAUGGCAAGAUGAAAGAUAGAGUAAGAAAAUUAGAGACCAAUAUGAGUAGUAAUAUUUGAGUGAGCAAAUAGAAUAAAGUAAACAGUUCUUAGAAAAUAGACAAAAAUUUAAGGAAGAGCAAAAAGUGAAGUAGAAGAAAGACUUCAAAAAGUAGAUAUAAAUAUAGAAUGAGGCUCAGGACUUCUAACAGUAGAGAGUUUGGAGUCUGUUUAAGGAAUUGGAGAGAAGUAUUAUGCAGAAAGAGGCAUUACAAAAGGAUGCUUCGCGGAUGGAGUAAUAGGUUUGUAUAAAAAAUUAAGGAAUUUAAAAAUAUUGA